GGAGGGAUAGUGAAGGAGAGAAAGGGAACUCCAAGCACACUCCAGUGCAGGCACAUUUAAGACAGGAAUUCUUAUGAGCAACACAACUUAUAAAAAUGGAUUUCAGGUUUGUGACAGCAAGUGUCAGCCUGCUGCUGUUGUCCUUCUGCUCCAAUACAGAUAAAGUGACUGCUGCUAUAUCUAAUCGAGAGAAAUGUCAGUGUGUUGAAGAGACCAAUUCUGUGCGAUGGAGAAAAGUCACAGACUUCACAAUUAUACAGAAAGAUUCAUUCUGCAACAAGAUUCAAAUAAUACUCCAGCUGUCAAAUAAACAAUCUUGUUUAAAUCCAGAUUCCAAGCCAGGGAAAAGAUUACAACAAUGCUGGAGAAGGAUUAAAUUCAACCCACAGAAGAAGAAGAUCUGUCUAACGCUCAAGAGCAAAACUGGACCAAAGAAGCGAAUAAAGCAUUAGAUUAUUUUCCAUUGUAUAAAGGCUAUUUGCUUGUCCUUUAAAGGGACACUGCAUUUUUUUUUUUUGAAAAUGUGCUCAUUUUUCCAGCUCCCCUAGAGUUAAACAUUUGAUUUUUACAGUUUUGGAAUCCAUUCAGCUGAUCUCUGGGUCUGGUGGUAGCACUUUUAGCAUAGCUUAGCAUAAUCCAUUGAAUCUGAUUAGACCAUUUAGCAUCGUGCUGAAACAUAACCAAAUAGUUUCGAUGUUUUUCCUACUUAAAACUUGACUCUUCUGUAGUUACAUCGUGUACUUAGACCGACGGAAAAUUAAAAGUCGCAAUUUUCUCAUUUUUAAUGAUAUUACACAGUGCCCGAAAAUAGUCCCCUGCUAUUGAAAGUUACCAAGGGGACUAUUUGCGGACACUGCUUAAUAUCAUUGAGCCUGCUACAGCAAUGGUACGGAUUAUUAUGCCAAAAUGAGAGUAUAGUUUCUAGCCAUAUCGGCCUAGAAAAUCGCAACUUUCAAUUUUCUGUCGGUCUUAGUACACGAUGUAACUACAAAACAGUCAAGUUUUAAAUAGGAAAAAUAUCUAAACUCUCUGGUUAUUUUUGGGCGUGAUGCUAAAUGGUCUAAUCAGAUUCAAUGGAUUAUGCUAAGCUAUGCUAACCAGACCCGGAGACCGACUGAAUGAAUUCCAAAACGGUAAAAAUCAAAUGUUUAACUCUAGGCUGAAAAAUUAGCAUAUUUUCAAAAAAAGAGGAGUGUUCCUUUAACAUGUACAUAACUUAUUCAUACUAGUAUAUAAUCUGCCUAUAAGUAUUUGUUUUUCUACACCUGUUUUUCAAUAAAACCCUAUAAAAGCUUA